AUGCCUCCCGAUCUUGCAUAUUGCACCCCAUGGUUUACUCUGAAGCACAACCAGAAAAAAAGUAAAUCACGAAUAAUGAGUCUGACAGAAGGAAUUAUCCCUAAGGCUGUCAGUACCGUCAAAGCCUCAGCAGUCCUUGCUAGUCAGGAUGUUUCUUUUCAUUCCUCGGUUGAUCAGGAUCUCAAUCGAAGAUUUAAAGCAUCCUCUGCUUCCUUACUCCUGCUAGCCAACAGAUUACUUCGGCACUGCAACAGAGAUUUUGAAGAAAUAAAAUAUGAAGACUUCAUUGAAUCUCUGGCCUCGUGGAAACAGAUUGAGAGUACCUUGGAUGCAUCAUUCGAACAAGUGGAGUACAUUAUUGACAAGAUGAAGAAGGGUCGUCAAUCAAACCAAUUCACAUAUUUGGAGCAGAACCACAGCGAAACUUUGAAUUUUGGAAAGAUAGAAAAGCCGCAAAAGUAUUUCAAGGAAAAAGUGGACAAUAGCGAUAGCAGGCCUUUCCAACCUAAGUUGACCCAUAAACCUCACGCUAUUCUGCCUUUGAAUGCUUCACUCCAAUCAGACAACCUCCCCAAAGGUCAUUGUAGACAACCAUACGAACAAGAAAUCAUGGAAAGCCCGUAUCCUGACUCAAUUUCCAAGUCGAGAGACGUCACUGAUCCAGUCCAAUGGGAUUCGGCCAAAGCGGUUUGGGUUGACCUGGUACCUCAACUACGAUCGAUGAUCUCAGCAUUGAAAGGACUGUCUGAAAUCGCCGUUGAUUUGGAGCACCAUGAUUUCCAUUCCUACUAUGGUAUCACUUGUUUAAUGCAGAUCUCUAAUCGAUCCACUGACUGGCUUGUCGACACAAUUGCUUUGAGAGACGAGCUCGUUGCAUUGAAUGAAAUUUUCGCAGACCCAAAGAUCGUGAAGGUUUUCCAUGGUGCUAACAUGGAUAUCAUUUGGCUACAAAGAGAUUUGGGUCUAUACGUCGUUUCCUUAUUCGACACAUACCAUGCAUCCAAAGUUCUUGGAUUCCCAAAGUUUUCGUUGGCAUAUCUUUUGGAGACUUUUGCUAAAUUCAAGACUUCGAAGAAAUAUCAGUUGGCAGACUGGAGAAUUCGUCCUUUGCCAGAGGUCCUUGUCGACUAUGCUAGGGCUGAUACUCACUUUCUUUUGAGUAUUUUUGAUAAGUUGAUCAAUCUACUUAUUGAAAAAGGUGCCGAGAAAUUACAGGACGUUUUACAUCUGUCAAGGUUGGUUGCUUGUAGAAAAUUUGAGUACAAACUGCAUCGGAUUCAAAAAGAAGAAUUGUCUUUCUUCGAGGAUCGUGAUUCAGAUUCCAGACUCAUUGCUCAAAAUAAUAUCCCCGAAAAUAGAAAGGUUAUGGCAAAAGAGCUUUUAGACUUGAGAGACACGCUUGCCAGAGAAAAGGAUGAGUCUACCAGGUUCAUCAUGUCAAACAUGUCAUUAGUCAACUUGUGCUCAUUGCAACAACCCGUCACUCUCGAAUCUCUCAAGCUUGUUCUUGGAAAGUCAUACGACAACUUUGGAGACAAAAUUGACUUGGUUCUCAAUAUUCUCAACACCCCUCUUAAGGAUGUUGACACUUCUCCCAAGUUGACCCUCGGAUCACUGAUUUCAACAGCACGCCACUAUGCCGAAUUGUUUUCCAAGAUUGAGAGUACUUCUCCGUUGGUUCAAGUAUCCAAAAGCUUGUUAGUAGAAAGCUCAAAAAUCGUUCCAGACUUAAAUAUUGAUGCAAUCGUUUCUCAUCAGCAAACAAUAGCUGUCGCGUUUGAAGAAUUCGCAGCUCGGCCUGAGGUUGUCGAUCCUCCUAAACAACACAAGCAAUUGGAGGAAAAUUCUAGAAAGCGAGAGUUGGUAGAAGAAUCUAAUCUCGGCGAAAGAAAUGGUUCAAACGAUUCAAUCCGCCCACUUAAACGACGCUUGGUCAACACCAACCGACAAAAAAAGGCCUCGACCGAGGAUGAAGCGGUAUUUAACUACGAACAAAAUCAAGAUUCGAUUCUCAAACCAGAUGAUAUGCCUAAAAAACAAAAGUCUUACGAUACAUUCAGCAAAGCAGCCACUUCAGGGCCAAAACCGAAAGGAAGAAAGGCUAUUCAGAAUGGUAAGUCUGCGUCAUUUUCCCGUAAGAGAUGA